CACUCCCUCUCCCUUCCCGGCGCCGCUUCCUUCGCUCUGGCUGCGACUGCAGAAGAAGGAGGAGGAGGGAAGGCGGCGGCUGCGGCGGCGGACGUGCUAGGCCGGCUGGCCCUGACUCUCUCCUCCCUCCUCCUGCCGGGGCCCUUGCCCUAAGCUGGGGCCCGACGGGGAGGGGGCAUGGCCGCGUCGCCUGGGGCCCGGCAGGUUGCCUGGUGGGGUGCAGGCGUGGGCCGGAGGGGCAGGGGGACCCGGGCGUGAGCGGCCCCCUCUUCGUCGGCCUGCCUGUGUGUGUGGGGAAGAUCCCUGCCCAUUUCAGCUUGGCCUUUGCUAUGCUGCGUUCUUGGUGUCUUCUUCCUUAGUAUUUGCAAAUGAAAAUGGAGGAAAUGACUUUGUCGGGCCUGGAUAACAGCAAGUUGGAGGCUGUGGCUCAUGAUAUAUAUAGUGACUUGGUUGAUGACGCCUGCCUGGGCUUGUGCUUCGAGGUGCAUCGGGCUGUCAAGUGUGGCUACUUCUUUCUCGAUGAGACAGAUCCUGAUAGCAUGAAGGACUUUGAAAUUGUGGAUCAGCCAGGGCUGGAUAUCUUUGGACAGGUCUACAACCAGUGGAAGAACAAGGAAUGCGUGUGCCCAAACUGCAGCCGAAGUAUUGCUGCCUCACGCUUUGCCCCGCACUUGGAGAAGUGUCUUGGUAUGGGUCGAAACAGCAGCCGCAUCGCCAAUCGCAGGAUAGCCAGUAGCAACAACAUGAACAAAUCUGAGAGUGACCAGGAGGACAAUGAUGAUAUCAACGAUAAUGACUGGUCGUACGGAUCUGAGAAGAAAGCCAAGAAGAGAAAAUCAGAUAAGAAUCCCAACUCCCCCAGAAGAUCCAAGUCCAUGAAACAUAAAAAUGGGGAGCUGAGUGGGAACUUGGACCCAUUUAAGUAUAACAACUCUGCUGGAGUAAAUUAUGAAACCCUGGGCCCCGAGGAACUCCGCACACUGCUCACCACGGAAUGUGGGGUGAUCUCUGAACACACCAAGAAGAUGUGCACACGGUCUCUGCGAUGCCCCCAGCACACGGAUGAACAGCGGAGGUCAGUCAGGGUCUACCUCCUGGGACCCUCUGCCUCACUUCCUGAGACUGAAGGAAGCGUGGAGAAUGACAGUUUUGACGUGGCAGAGAGUCAGGCCCUCAUGAGUCGCCUGCAGUGGGAUGGGUCUUCAGACAUCUCUCCCUCUGACUCAGCCUCUUCAAAAGCAAGUACAAACAACUCAGAGUCCCGAAAAACCAAAAAGAAGAAGCCGCAUAUGAGCCUAGUUGGGGGUGCUCCUGGAAUGAGCUCCAGUAAGAAGAAGCUGAAGCCCAAGCCACUUGCCCCUCCCACCCCCAGCCUGUACGACGACAUCAACUGAAUGACUGACAAAAGGAACAGCCAGGAAAAAGGGGCUGGGGGAGUACGCCUUGUUGGCCUUUGGACCCAGUUUGGGGGAAGGAAGCUAGACUACAUUCUCUCUCAUGCCUGUUUUUUGUAUGAACUGAAGAGAGGAAGCUGCAUGUCUCCCCUUUCCUCCCCUACCCCUGCACAGCACACCUUUGUGUCCAUGGAAUACAAGCACUGGACAGCUGGGCACCUACCUCUUCUGGGGAAAAGGGGUGGACAUGGUUUGAGGUGGAGCCUUGAAGAUGGGCCACACCUCCAUUGGUCAGGACGUGGCCUUUCCCUUCCUCCGUUCCGCACGUCUAUUUAUUGUGGUGGUGGUGGACGUUCAAUCAUGGUUAUAUAUACAGCGGCAUUGCAUUGCUUAAGCAACACUAGAGAUGGAUGGGGCUGUGUGUGUGUAUGUGUGUGUGUUGGGCUUCGUCUCCUUGAGGCAUCUUGUUUUGCCAGGCCUGGCUUGGGAAGGAAUUGAAGGGUCAGAGAGAUGAGAAAUGAUCAUUGCCCUUCCAUUCCAGCCCUUGUCUUUUCCUCCGUCUGCCUUCUCAACUCAAGUGAGCAGCGUGAGAGUUGGCCUCGUCUUCUGGCUGGGUUUCAGCUGUGCUGAGCUGUCAAAAGGCUGAUUUUGUAGCCGGUGAUCUAUGCUGCUAUGGCAGCCCUGCAUGACCCAAGCAAAUGGGGGUGGGGCUGGAUCAGAGGCUUGAUGUGUAGUGGAGGCUGCCCCUGCCACCCCUUCAGCAAAUGGCUUCAUCUCCAAGGUCUUAUAUAAAGCAAUGCUACAGAUGGAUGUGACAAUGUGAGCAGUUCCCUUUGUGUGCAUGUCAGGAAGCUGGUGCAGAUACUGGUUUCCCAACUCAUGCGUUAAGGCCUGCCCACUGUAUACUUCUGCUCACUUAUGGAGAGCCAGUAGUCAGUGGCUGGUGUUACUCUGUACACCUCUUGUAUGCAAGUGUCAGUCUUUGUACGCCAUGAAAAUGACCCUGAAUCUCAUAGAGUUCUACAUUAACGUCUCCUAGGGAGAAGUUCAUGGGGACCAGAGAAAAUGGCUGGAUUGUGGCCCAUCAGCUGUUAGUGCUUUUCUUCUGUGGUAUAUUUGAGCGAUUUAUUCAUUGAUCGAUCAGUCAGUGAAUCUAAACAAACCUCACUGGAGUAUUAACAGCCAAAGGGUGGAGGUAGAUGGGAUGAAGUGUGGGAGAGAGAAUGUGAGAUCUCAGUGAAUGCAAGAUGCCAUCCUCCCCCCCCCCCCAUUUCUCCUCCUCCAUAUACCUCCGUCAUCCCCAUGUUUUUAUUCUUUCUGUGAAUAUCUGCAGUUUUAAAAUCUAGUGCCAUAAAUCAUGGUGGUCCUGCAUCUGCAGAUGGAUGCUUGAAAUUUUAUAAAACUGCUGGUGAAGCCUAGCCAAUUUUCAGUCAUCUCACCUUCUUCUUUCCUCCUCUCCCCUGCCAGUGCUUUUCUUUUUGCAUCCUCACAAUGUCUGGAACAGGAAAAACCUUAUCUCCUCCUCUGCCUACCAAGCUGUGCAGGAGAUAUGUUAGUUUUGUGCGUAUAUAAGAAGUUUCUUGCAUAUUUUCUUCUCUGCCCCUCUGAUGAUAAUGAGUCAAAAAUCAGGCUUUCCCCAUAUGAGUCUGUUUAAGCAGCCUCUCACUGAGGGUGGGAGGCACAAUGGACUGCUUUUAAUAAUCUGAUAAUGCCUUACAGUUAACACAUCUGUGGGCUAGCUUGUUCACUAGGCAUGGAACAUUCUGGAGCCUGACAUCUUCUGAUUGUGGCAGCUAACUCUUAACUGAAGCCUGGGCCUCUUCCCAGUCCUUUCUUGUAGCAAUUGGAUCUGGCUCAGAAUCUCACUUUGCCACCAGUGAACUCCCUGGAUAUGGUUCUCCAACAGGCAGCCAAAGAAAAGUGGUUCACUCUACGAUACCAGUGUUCCUGACCUGCACUUCAGGCCGCAAAAGUGGAAAUUCUGUGGCUGAAUGCUCCUUGAUGUGUAUUAAAUCCUUCCUUCUGCAUUUAGAAAAUUAGCACGACGGGGAAAAGAAAUGCCUUAGCCUAUCGUCAUCCCAAACAUGCCAGUUCUUAGAGCGCAGGAAGUUUUCGAAGUAUGGCGUUCACUUAAUCAUGGAGUCCAAUGGCAACACCCGCAGGCGACAAGAGGACAUUUGAAGAACAACUUUUCUGCAUGCUUGCUCUUUUAGAGCCCCCCUUCCCCAGUAAUGGUAUUCCAUUUCUUUUUUUGUUGGUCUUGUUAGCUUUGGGGAUCCAAGCCCUUGUCAGUUGUUCAUGUUCCUCUGUGUAUGGUAGAUUCUGUUGCGCUGCAGCUCCUGAAAGGAGAUGCAGGGAACUGGUGAGGGCCCGGAACAGACAGUGCUAUUAAUAUGCGCUUGGCUCUCUUCCCCACCCAUUUCCUGACUCUGGAAUAUAGUCCAAGGGCUUGAAGAGUCCCAGGCUGAAAGUCUGGAUUUGAAGCAGGGGUGGAUGUCUUUGCCCAAAGCAAGCCUCCUGCAAAUCUUGGUCCUAUUGUCUUCUGCUAAAACAUUGUUUGGCACCCCCUGUGCUUUUCCCUUUCUUAAUAUUUUUGAAAAUAUGACUCUGCAGCCAAGAAAUGUAAGCCGUAUCAGACAAUGUGACUCCAGGUGGAACUUGACUGUAUUUAAUUGAAUUAAUUGGGUGGGGAAGCAACAUACUUUGGUUCACACCAGGUUCAGUUAUCCUUCCGUCUUGACAACAAAUAGCUCAAAUUGUGUGCAAAAGCUGCAGGCUAUUGUGACUUAAGUUCUACAGUAGUGCAAAGGACAGGGGGGGCGGGGGGGGAAGCAAGAUCCUUGCCUAACCUCCAUGUUGACAGCUAAAGCCAGUAGAAUUGAGUUAAACUCUGGAGGUGUAGCAGCUAGUGCAUUUUGAACAUGAACUUUGUGGGUGGAAGGUAGGUCCUGGCACUCCUUUUUAAAAGGAUAUAUAUAUAUAUAUAUAUAUCUACACACACUAGGGCUCUGCAUCUGCACUUGCACCCUUUAUUUUUUACAGUAGGCCUGUUUCACUUGAAAUAUCCUGUAUUCUAUGAGUGGACUGAUCAUGAGAGGUUUUUAAUUUGUUGAUGAUGUAUAAACUGCACCUAUGUGAUAUAUUUUUGAACAUGUGCAGAAAUCAUUGAAGUAAUGUACUGUGGUCACUGACUUUUUUAUUUUUUUCCAGUUUUGCAUAUGUAAUUGCAGCCUGUACAGGUAGGUAGGUAGCUUUUAAAAAAACAAUUGUCAAUCUGUAUUUUUUCUUCCCAUCCAUGGAUUGUGGAAUGCUCCUGUAAAUAAACAUCAAUUCUGCUUGGUA